CUGGACGUCCCAUUUUAGAGUUAUCUCCCGGAACAAGUUUUGUUGCAGGUGACGACGAAACCAAGGAACGGCAAGAAAUUUACUUUUUAGACCAGAGUUCCAUAAUGACCUCCCAUCGGAUAGAGGCUGACAGCUUUGGAGAAAUUCAGGUGCCAGCAGACAAGUAUUAUGGGGCUAACACUGCACGAUCCAUCAUCAACUUCAACAUUGGUGGACCCACAGAAAGGAUGCCCCUUCCCAUUAUCAAAGCAUUUGCCAUUUUGAAGAAGUGUGCUGCAAUUGUGAACCAGGAGUACGGUCUGGAUCCCAGUAUAGUCAGCCAUAUUGUUAAAGCGGCUGACGAGAUAAUUGAUGGCCAGUUGUGGGAGCACUUCCCCCUGGUUGUGUGGCAGACAGGAUCAGGAACUCAGAGUAACAUGAAUGUCAAUGAGGUGAUCAGCAACAGGGCUAUACAAAUGAUGGGAGGGAAAAUGGGCUCCAAGACGCCGGUUCACCCAAAUGACCAUGUCAACAUGUCCCAGAGUUCUAAUGACACGUUUCCCACAGCUAUGCACAUCGCUGUUAUCCUAGAAGUCAAUGAGAGGUUGUUACCUGGGUUACAGAUCCUACACAAAGCCCUAGCAACCAAACAGGAAGAGUUCACGGAUAUUAUAAAGAUUGGCAGAACUCAUCUCCAGGAUGCCACACCUUUGACCUUAGGUCAAGAGUUCAGUGCCUAUGUGCAGCAGAUUGGAUACGGAAUACAGAGGGUGAAUGCCACACUCCCACGCUUGUAUGAACUAGCCGCCGGGGGAACAGCAGUAGGGACUGGACUGAAUUCCAGAGUUGGUUUUGCAGAAAAAAUAGCAGCCAAAAUAGCAGAAGAAACAGGAUUUCCUUUUGUGUCUGCUCCAAACAAAUUUGAAGCUUUGUCAGCACAUGAUGCUAUGGUUGAACUCCAUGGAGCCUUGAAUGUGUUAGCAUGUAGUUUACUGAAAAUAGGUAAUGAUAUUCGACUUUUGGGGUCAGGGCCUCGUUGUGGAAUCGGUGAACUCUCUCUACCUGAGAAUGAGGCUGGAAGCAGUAUAAUGCCAGGAAAGGUAAAUCCAACUCAAUGUGAAGCUUUGACCAUGGUAGCAGCGCAAGUGAUGGGAAAUCAUGUUGCCGUGACAAUGGGUGGAAGUCACGGCCAUUUCCAGUUGAAUGUGUUUAAACCAUUAAUCGUCACAAAUGUUUUACAAUCUGUUCGGCUAAUUGGAGAUGCUUGUGUGUCAUUUUCUAGGAACUGUGUUGAUGGAAUAAUUCCCAAUACUGAAAAAAUCAACAGAUUUGUGAAUGAGUCUCUUAUGCUUGUCACUGCCUUAAAUCCACACAUAGGUUAUGACAGUGCUGCUAAGAUUGCUAAACACGCCCACAAGUCUGGGAGCACUCUGAAGGAGACGGCUGUGUCACUUGGGCUCCUGACCGCAGAGGAAUUUGACGUCAAAGUCCAGCCAAAAGACAUGCUCGGGCCAAAGUUAUAGUAGUACAAAUGUUAGAGCACAGUGAAUAAAGUAAAGGAACAAAUGAUUAAAGUUUCAGAGGAAAAAAUAGGGUCCUUGUAGUAUUUUAGGAUUCAAUUUAUAAGUCUAGUCAUCAUCUAUUGAAUUGUAAGUAAUGUUUAGUUAUUGCUUUAAAAACCCAUAAGCCACAGUGCAUGAACAUUAAGAAUUCAAAAACUGUUCACAAGUAGUCAGAAUGUUUGUUAAAAUGAUUAACAUGUACCAUUUCAACGAUAUUUUGUGUAAACAAUGUAUACACAUUUAUAGGGUUAUAUUCAGGGGAUGAAAUUUGAGGUAUUGUGACUUUACAUAUCUUGUGAGGGUAUGUUAUAUAGAAAUGUAAAUAAUAGUCGGAUAUUGAGAUCAAUCUGCAAUCAUGAGUAAGAGUAAUCUAUGUAUAUAUGUUGACUAUUGAUGAACAUGAAUUUUGAGGUGCCUUGGACUUUAACAUUCCAUGUGCUAGACCAAUUGUAAACAUAGUUAGAUAGGCAGCUGGUAUCUGUAUUUGGUUUUUGUGAGUUGUGAUAUUCUCUUUAUGCCCUGCUAUGCUCUAUAUCAUGUCCACUUUAUAUCUGUUUGUCCAUCUAAUUCCAAACUACUGGAGAUGCUUUCAUUAAACUUCAAACAAUCAUAUGUCUUGGUGAGAGCAUUUGAUUUUAUAUAUUUUUUACAUUGACCUUUCAUAUGACCUUGACCAAUCAUCUUCUGGCACCAUUAACAAUGGCUUCAUGUUUAAUAAGACAAGUGGUGCAGCUGAGGAUGGGGAGGAGGAUGCUUAGUGUGUGCUUCAUUUUCCAUUUGAUUCAGUUGGUUAUUUUAAAAGUUUUAGAACAUUUGUAGACAAAGUAGUAGGCGCUACAUGUACCAAACUUACAGGUACAUAAGUUUUGAGAGUUACAAAGAUGAGUGACCAGCAUGUUGCUAAGGCUUAGUGUGACCUACUAAGGCUGAGUGUGACCUACUAAGGCUAAGUGUGAUCUACUAAGGCCGAGUGUGACCUACUUUUUCUCUUUUAUUGAUUGAAUUAUGGUCAAUUUUAAGCAAUGUGUAAGAUCUAGCUAUGUGUUGCAAACUUUUAAAAUUCCUCAGUGGUGAAUGUUUAAAUUGUGGAUAUGUUUUAUUGUACCCCACGCAAGGAGGUUGCGGAGGCUAUAAUGUUUUUGACCCAUCUGUCAGUCCCGUUCUUGUUAAUGCAACACCUCUGAGACCGCUCAACAGAAUUUUGUGAAACUCUGUAGUUAAUAAGGACACACUGUGUAGAUGUGCAUAUUCCCAGGAAAUUCUGAUUCAACAAUUUUUCUGGAAGUUAUGCCCCUUUUAAACCAUUCUUGUCAGCACAACUCCUCUGAGACCGCUCAACAGAAUUUCAUGAAACAUUGUAGUUAAUAAGGACACACUGUGUAGAUAUGCAUAUUCCCAGAAAAUUCUGAUUCAAUAAUUUUUCUGGGAGUUGUGCCCCAUUUGAACUUAGAAUUUUGAGCCCGUCUGUCCUGUUCUUGCAGUAAUGCAUAGCAUUACCAUUCAUUAUGUGCAUCAUUCUCAAGCAAUGUUGGGAGUGUGGGGUAUGUGAGCUUGCUCCACUUUUGCUUUCUUUCAUGUUUUCUAGUGUUGAAUCUGUGAGGUGCGGACAUGCUUUGGUUUCUCCAGUGGUGAAUCUGUAAGUUAUAGGCAUGCUUUGCUUUCUCCAGUGGUGAAUCUGUGAGAUGUGGACAUGCUUUGGUUUCUCCAGUGGUGAAUCUGUAAGUUAUGGGCAUGCUUUGGUCUCUCCAGUGGUGAAUCUGUAAGUUAUGGGCAUGAUUUACUUUCUCCAGUGGUGAAUCUGAAAUGUGGGCAUGCUUUGGUUUCUCCAGUGGUGAAUCUGUAAGUUAUGGGCAUGAUUUACUUUCUCCAGUGGUGAAUCUGAUAUGUGGGCAUGCUUUGGUUUCUCCAGUGGUGAAUCUGAGAUGUGGGCAUGCUUUGGUCUCUCCAGUGGUGAAUCUGUAUAAGUUAUGGGCAUGAUUUACUUUCUCCAGUGGUGAAUCUGAAAUGUGGGCAUGCUUUGGUUUCUCCAGUGGUGAAUCUGUAAGUUAUGGGCAUGCUUUGGUUUCUCCAGUGGUGAAUCUGUAAGUUAUGGGCAUGAUUUACUUUCUCCAGUGGUGAAUCUGUAAGUUAUGGGCAUGCUUUGGUUUCUCCAGUGGUGAAUCUGUAAGUUAUGGGCAUGCUUUGGUUUCUCCAGUGGUGAAUCUGUAAGUUAAAGGCAUGCUUUGCUUUCUCCAGCGGUGAAUCUGUAAGUUAUGGGCAUGCUUUGGUUUCUCCAGUGGUGAAUCUGUAAGUUAUAGGCAUACUUUGCUUUCUCCAGUGGUGAAUCUGUAAGUUAUAGGCAUGCUUUGCUUUCUCCAGUGGUGAAUCUGAGAUGUGGACAUGCUUUGGUUUCUCCAGUGGUGAAUCUGUAUAAGUUAUGGGCAUGAUUUACUUUCUCCAGUGGUGAAUCUGAAAUGUGGGCAUGCUUUGGUUUCUCCAGUGGUGAAUCUGUAAGUUAUGGGCAUGAUUUACUUUCUCCAGUGGUGAAUCUGAGAUGUGGACAUGCUUUGGUCUCUCCAGUGGUGAAUCUGUAAGUUAUGGGCAUGAUUUACUUUCUCCAGUGGUGAAUCUGAGAUGUGGGCAUGCUUUGGUCUCUCCAGUGGUGAAUCUGUAAGUUAUGGGCAUGCUUUGGUUUCUCCAGUGGUGAAUCUGUAAGUUAUGGGCAUGCUUUGGUUUCUCCAGUGGUGAAUCUGUAAGUUAAAGGCAUGCUUUGCUUUCUCCAGCGGUGAAUCUGUAAGUUAUGGGCAUGCUUUGGUUUCUCCAGUGGUGAAUCUGUAAGUUAUAGGCAUACUUUGCUUUCUCCAGCGGUGAAUCUGUAAGUUAUGGGCAUGCUUUGGUUUCUCCAGUGGUGAAUCUGUAAGUUAUGGGCAUGAUUUACUUUCUCCAGUGGUGAAUCUGUGAGAUGUGGACAUGCUUUGGUUUCUCCAGCGGUGAAUCAGUAAGUUAAAGGCAUGCUUUGGUUUCUCCAGUGGUGAAUCUGUAAGUUAAAGGCAUGCUUUGCUUUCUCCAGCGGUGAAUCUGUAAGUUAUGGGCAUGCUUUGGUUUCUCCAGUGGUGAAUCUGUAAGUUAUAGGCAUACUUUGCUUUCUCCAGCGGUGAAUCUGUAAGUUAUGGGCAUGCUUUGGUUUCUCCAGUGGUGAAUCUGUAAGUUAUGGGCAUGAUUUACUUUCUCCAGUGGUGAAUCUGUGAGAUGUGGACAUGCUUUGGUUUCUCCAGCGGUGAAUCAGUAAGUUAAAGGCAUGCUUUGGUUUCUCCAGUGGUGAAUCUGUAAGUUAUGGGCAUGCUUUGGUUUCUCCAGUGGUGAAUCUGUAAGUUAUGGGCAUGCUUUGGUUUCUCCAGUGGUGAAUCUGUAAGUUAUAGGAAUGCUUUGGUUUCUCCAGUGGUGAAUCUGAGAUGUGGGCAUGCUUUGCUUUCUCCAGUGGUUAAUCAGUAUGAGUUGUGCGCAUGCUUUGAAUGUGUAUAUUUUCUGCUUGUUUGACUUUGAUUGGAGUCACCCGUAAUAUGUUACAUGUACAUGCAUAAACAAUGAUAAACAAACAUGUCCUCGAUCUGUUGUAAUUCUGUCUACAUUUAAGGUGUGUAGUUCCGUGGAUGUCCUAGAUCUGUUGUAAUUCUGUCUACAUUUAAGGUGUGUAGUUCCGUGGAUGUCCUAGAUCUGUUGUAAUUCUGUCUACAUUUAAGGUGUAUAGUUCCGUGGAUGUCCUAGAUCUGUUGUAAUUCUGUCUACAUUUAAGGUGUGUAGUUCCGUGGAUGUCCUAGAUCUGUUGUAAUUCUGUCUACAUUUAAGGUGUAUAGUUCCGUGGAUGUCCUAGAUCUGUUGUAAUUCUGUCUACAUUUAAGGUGUGUAGUUCCGUGGAUGUCCUAGAUCUGUUGUAAUUCUGUCUACAUUUAAGGUGUGUAGUUCCGUGGUUAUAUCCAUUACAUACAGUAUCAUUGUCCUAUGGAUAGUUAGGUUUGUUUUCUAUUUGACAAUUUCAGUUAUAUAUACUUCGGUUCUCUUCACAUGUUUUAUAUAGGAUGACAUCUCUCGGUUGUCUUCACAUGUUUUAUAUAGGAUGACAUCUCUCAUCUUGUCAAAACCUUAUCCCAUUAUCUCAAUCUUCAUUGUUCAAGAAUAAAAAAUGGGGAAAGUGCCAAA